AUGAAUCUAUUUGUUCAGCAACUUUGCUUAAUAGAGCAAAAUACGAAUAUCGAUUUUUUUUCGGUGUAUGUCCUGAGGGAACUUUUGGAUCAAACAUCGUUUAAGGGUGUAAAUAUCGAUAUUGGCAUUUUUUCAUCGAUCGAUAUCUCCAUCAAUAUUAGUCUGUUUUUGGUCAAACAAGUGUAUGCCCUGAGGGGGAACUUGGAGAUCAAGCAUGCUUAUGGUGUAAAUAUCGAAAUCCUUAUUAAUAAAUGGUUUGACACCUUUGGUGACUUUCAUCCGUUAAAAAAAAGAGAGCAUCUAAUGUGGUAUUGGCAAUUUCUAAAUUCCUUAGAGCAUGAAAGCAAAUUGUAG